AUGCCGGCCGGCGGCAUUGUCAGCAAAUCAACUCUCAAGCAGGUGGCCGAGAAUUUCAAGAGCAUUGCCCAGCAUGAAGACAGACCAGUGCAGGCCAGCGAUCGUUUCAGUGAAUCGUCUCUUAAUCAGGUGGCCGAAGAUUCCAAGCCCAUUGCCCAGCAGCAACCCAAUUUAAUGGGGCGCGGCACCAAGUUCCCAGUAUCACUACCAAGAGGUGAGGCUAUUUCUACCGGCCACGACUCAGCUUUCGAUAGCCGCUCCGGCUGGGGCCCGAUGCUCACUAAGCCUUCGGUGUCUUCUGCCCAAGCCAUACAGCUCAGCAAGUUGUUGGGAGAAAGACUGGCGUACCACAGGCUCAAGAAUGAGCAGGAGACUGCCACGAGGUUGAAAGACGAGGUCCAGUCUCUAGCAAUGCAUGUGAAAGCGUCAAUCGAUCACGACAAGCGACAGAAAAAACGCAUCACGAGUCUAGAGGACACCCUUGUGCAACAGGCCAAAGAGCUAGUGUCGGCAACGAAGGAAGUGGCUACGUUAAAGGACGAACUACAGUCCACGAUACACCAACUAGGCACCCAAGUCAAACUUUUGACAACGGCCGAGAGCAAGCUCGCAGUGUUCCGGUCCUACACUGAGGAAUUGACCCCCAUUGAAGAUGUCAGGGUGAGCAUCUUCAAGAUGCUCGGCGCAUCGUUCAAUGACGCUUUAGAUUUAUUGCAGGCCUUUUUGGGGUGUGACCUUGACCAAGCCCAGCUGAAAGACUUGAGAUCAUGGGAUCGCAUCCGAACUCAUGUCGCCAUACAGCGUGCGAUCCCACUUCCGGCCUCCGAUUCAGCCCAUGCAAAGCGGAUGAGGACCAUCGCCGGCCUAGUCAUCUAUGCCAGGGCGCUCACUACGUUCAUAUUCCAAUUAACAUACGUGUCCGUGGAGAAUGACACCGAGAAGGCCUUAGACGUGCUGCCAACAGCAAAUCCCGAGCAGGACAAGUUUGUCCGCGCUGUGCUACUCAGGCUAGUACAGAAGCUCAACAAGAGAGUUGAGCCGUACUAA